AUGAAAAUCGCCUGUCUUCUCGCCCUUGCUGGCACUUUAACAAGAGUUGAUGCUCAUGGCUACUUGACGAUUCCGUAUAGUCGCACCCGACUUGGAUUCGAGGCUGGAAUUGACACAUGCCCUGAGUGCUCCAUUCUCGAGCCAGUUGAAUCAUGGCCCGACCUAGAAGUUGCUGAAGUGGGUCGCAGCGGACCGUGUGGCUACAACGCGAGAGUGAGCGUAGACUACAACCAGCCAAGUGACUACUGGGGAAACUCAGUUGUUGCUACCUAUGCUGGCGGAGACAUCAUCGAAGUACAAUGGUGUGUCGACAACAAUGGUGAUCACGGUGGAAUGUUCACCUACGGAAUUUGCCAAAACCAGACACUUGUUGAUCUGUUCCUCGAUCCUGACUACCUCCCCAGUACCGAUGAGAAACAAUUGGCAGAAGACUGUUUCUUGGAGGGAGAGCUAAAGUGUACGGAUGUGGAUGGACAGACCUGUGGAUACAAUCCAGAUUGCACCUCCGAUGAAGCAUGCUAUCGGAAUGACUGGUUUACCUGCAAUGCAUUUGCAGCAACUACCAAUCGCGGCUGCGAGGGAGUCGAUGGAGCUGCAGAAUUCUCCUGUACGACAACUAUCUCGGGUGGCUAUACUGUAACGAAAAAGAUCAAGAUACCAGACUACAACUCAGACCAUACUCUGCUUCGAUUCCGAUGGAAUUCGUAUCAGACUGGUCAAAUCUAUCUACAUUGUGCGGAUAUUGCCAUUUCUGGGUCUGGGUCCGGCUCGAGCAGCAGUACCACGAGCAGCAGCAGUACGACUACAAGCAAGGCUACAAGUACAACCAGUGUCUCAACAACUACCUCAACGUGUACAGCGGCGACUAGUGUAGUGGUUACAUUUGACGAAUUGGUGACCACAACAUAUGGCGAAAAUGUGUACAUUUCGGGAUCCAUUAGCCAACUUGGCUCCUGGGACACAUCCUCUGCGGUCGCUUUAUCCGCUAGCUCCUACACAUCUUCCAAUCCACUGUGGCUGGCGACGAUCAGCCUUCCGGCUGGCACCAGCUUCGAGUAUAAAUUCAUCAAAAAGGAGACAGAUGGCAGUAUUGUUUGGGAGAGCGAUCCAAAUCGGAGCUACACCGUGCCGACUGGAUGCUCUGGAGCGACAGCUACCGUGUCGGCGACAUGGAGAUAG